UGCGGCCGCCGCCGUGCGCCAAGCACUCGCCGCGCGACCGCUUUGUUGCAUCUUGACCGCCGGCACCAUGCACACGCCGGGUGCCGCGGGCCCGGGCGACGCGAGCGCGGUUGAUAUCAUGGACAUAUGUGAGUCCAUUCUGGAGAGGAAGCGACAUGACAGCGAGCGGUCAACAUGCAGCAUCUUGGAACAGACAGACAUCGAAGCUGUCGAGGCUCUUGUUUGCAUGAGCUCCUGGGGUCAAAGAUCCCAGAAAGGUGACCUAUUGAAGAUAAGACCCCUCACACCUGUCUCUGACUCUGGGGAUGUCACCACCAUUGUGCAUGUGGACACAGCUGCACCCGAGCUACCAAAGGACUUCCAUUCUUUAUCGACUCUGUGCAUGACUCCUCCACAGAGCCCCGACCUCAUGGAACCAUCAACAGGGAUACCUGUUCCUUCCCAAGUGACUGAUUCCAAAGCACGCAUGGUCAUGGCCAUCGCCCCCGCCUCUGCUGUGUCUGCCGAAGUGCUGAGCAGGAAGGCGGGGAGUGGGCUGCCUGGUUCGAAGCCAGAGACGCUGGAGCCAGCCCCUGGCCCACCCUGCAGAGCCGUGGUGAUGAGUGUGAUCCACCACAUGGGGGAGAGUCCUGCUCCUGCCCACGUUCCUGCGGCCCAGGCUCAAGAACAGGGACUUUCAGACAAUAGAGGAGAAGCACAGUUUCUGGGACCUUGUGCGGCUUUGCAGGACACACACCUCACUGACAGUUUACUCAGCACAGACUCAGUAUCCUGUCAGUCUUGCUUGCACAACUCUGGUGGCCUGAACCCCACCGAUAAAGGCCAGCAGCCAGGGUGGCCUGUUGCAGUUCAAAACUGCUCACCAAAGAAUUAUGAAAAUUACUUGCCAAGGAAAGCCACCCCUCUGAUUUCUGUCCCUGUCCCCAGCCCCCCAGUCCUUUGCCAGAUGAUCCCCAUGCCUGGACAGAGUGGCGUGAUAUCAGCUUUUUUGAAGUCUCCUCCCCAAGGGUCUGCAGGGACUGUCAAGCCCAUCUUACCCCAGACUGCUGCAGUCGCCCAGCCUGUGUUCAUGGGCCCGCCUGUGCCUCGGGGAACUGUGAUGCUGGUCCUUCCCCAGGCCACCCUCCCCCAGCCUGCUGCCUGCUCAUCCAGUGUGAUGGCUGUUGGGAAUACCAAGUUACUGCCCCUUGCCCCAGCUCCAGUUUUCAUCGCAUCCAGCCAAAACUGUGCCCCUCAGGUAGACUUUUCCCGAAGGAGGAAUUAUGUUUGCAACUUCCCAGGCUGCCAGAAAACCUACUUCAAGAGUUCCCAUCUCAAGGCUCACCUUCGCACGCACACAGGGGAGAAGCCUUUCAAUUGCAGCUGGGAUGGCUGUGAUAAAAAAUUCGCUCGUUCAGAUGAACUUUCCCGCCACCGUAGAACGCACACAGGGGAGAAGAAAUUUGUGUGUCCAGUGUGUGAUCGGCGUUUCAUGCGUAGCGACCACUUGACGAAGCAUGCCCGGCGUCACAUGACUACCAAGAAAAUCCCUGGCUGGCAGGCAGAGGUUGGCAAACUGAACAAAAUUGCCUCGGCAGAAAAACCUGGGAGCCCCCUCGGGACCCUGCCAGUCUCUGCCUAAAGAGUCAGCCAGGGAGUUACCAAUGGGAUUUUUUAAAAGCCUUUAUUCAGGAAUGGAAGUAACACAAAAGAGAAUUGGUAAUUUCCUCUCCACCCCAAAAAGGAAAAAAAUUUUUGUUUGAGGGGGGUUAGGGGACAGUGGGGAGCUGGUUCUGAUGAAAGCGUGUCAACUUUUCUUUUAUGGUUGGGACCCUGUUCAAUAUCUUUUGUAGUUUUCAGAAUUUUUUGUUAAGGAAAUGGAAGAAACUUUGAUAAGCUAAAUCACCAGCAUUCACAUAUUUCGGCAAUAAAGUUUACAAAAUCUGUAUUUCUGCAGCCUCUAUUCAUGUGUUGUAGAAACAAGACAGGGUACUAAUUUUUAUACUGUUUUCUAUAGAAAAUAUUUACAGUGUUGGUGCUCAAACCGCCAUUUCUAGAUAGAUGAAUUUGCAACCUGCUUUUCAAUGUUUAAUAACAAAGUUUUAUAAUGACCCCACUUUUAAUAAGCUUGGCGCAUUAUCCGGCCAAAAAGUAAUCACAAGUUUGUAAUCAGGCCUUUUGGAUCUAAGAGUUUUUUAGACUCAGAACUGGUUGAAGAGGGCCUCCGAAAGAAAAGGGAAAACAGACUUUGCUGUCAGCUUCUUUGUAACAUUUUCAAGGGAAAUUCCAAGCAUCCAUUUCUUCUAGGCUUGCAGCCCAGGGAGCUAAAAUUUUAUUUAACUAGAGAGUCACUUGUGUCCAUGGUGUGACUUAGGAAGGAUGUACCCCAGAGGAUAAUUUAAAAUACCUGACAUACCCAGUGAGCAGUGAGCUGCUAUAGGAUUUGAGUGUCUGUUUAAUGUGUGUUUUUGGGCCAUUGCUUUGCUGAAGACAGACCAUUCACAGUUUCCUAUUUGUAUCUAAAACACCAAAAAGAUGACGUAAGCAAUCACACCAGCUGCUUUGUAAAUUGCAGAUUGACUUACUUUGAUGUGACCUUUUGAGGUGCCCUUACCGUGGGUAGAAUAACUUCUUAGAGUAAAAGGAAAUGUCCUCAUUGGUUGGUUGAAGUUUUCACCAAAGUACAGCUUGUCUGUGUGUGUGCUGCUGCCCAGCUCCAGUGUUCUCAUUCCUUUAUUAUUAAAAACGUUUUGAAAUGCAAGUUAUGCUAAAGGGCAGUCAUACUCCCAAGCUGUCCUUUGAUCCAUUUUGUUCAGAGGAAAAUUUUUUGAUCAAACUAAACAGGAGUGGAGAAGUGAGAAGGUUUUUGCAGUCUACCUGGAGAGUAGACCAUGCAUGGGCACCACUCUAAAUUAUUUGAGUACAUGUCCCAGAUAGAGAAGAGACGCUGUCCUCCUGUGUCAAGUAAGCCACGGAAGCUUUUUUUGUUAAACGUUAUUAGAAAUUCUGGCAACAGAAUAAAUGCAAGGAAUGUAUGGAAUGUUGAACUACUUGAUUAGCCUGGGAAUAUUUUUCCUGUGCAAUACGUAUUUAGAUUUUGUCUUUGCUUCUCAGUUAUUGGCAUUUACCUUUAUUAAAAUGAUGGUAAGGUCAAAUAUUCAAUAAUUAAAUGUAAUUAAGUUUCGUGUUCAGGUCUUUUUAGUCUUUGAUACAGACCUCACCUGGUCAUCCAUUGUAUGUGACUUGACACCCAUUAUAUUGCCCUUUAUUAUCAGCUGCUAUUGGACAUUUAUGUAAGUGCUGCCUGUAUUCUUUGGAGGUUUUCAUGUUUUUGGACACUUGGAUAAUUAAGUAUUCCUGCUUGUCAUGAGACAUCAUACAGUUGUAAGAGAACCAUAAUUAAAUGUAUAUAUCUCAUUUUUUUUCCCCACCAACCCAAUCCUUUCUCUCCCCACUCAUGUCUUAAACCCACCAUAAACAUUUUUGACUAUGUAUAUGCCAUAGAUGGCAUCAAAUUUGCAUAUUUAAAAAAUUAUGACAUGCAAAAUAGUGCUAGUUGUUCUGGUGGGUAAUACAAGAUCUUCGAACAUUUGGUCGAGUCUCACAUAGAACUUGAUUCUCUGAGGAGUGUUGUUUCUAAAGAAGAGAUGUAUUGAAAAUAGAUGUUAUAAUGAACGCUUCCAUUUCCUGAUUUGAUGUAGAAAUACCUUUUAUAAAUGACCUCUGCUUUUCAGUUUGUCCAUCGAAAGAUUGUAAGUUGGGAAACAGUUCCCAUCUGAAAACUAGUUAUCAAGAACCAGAACCCGUGUUGUGUGUUGUUUCAGUGUGGCUUCCUCAUCCCACAGCUCUGGGUGAUGAGGGCAGAGCGGAUGAGGCAGGUCCCCCAGUGCACUUUAUUGCCUGAGCAAUUUCACUUGAUCUUUUUGGACUUUGAGCCUUUUUUAAGUAGUUCAGUAAUAAAAUUUUAAAUGUUUCCUAAUUAUGUUGUAUGUAACAGACUUUGACUUAUUAUUUAAAUGAGGAUAUGUAACGUAACUUUUUUCUUUGAAUCGUAUAAAACUUUUUUGAUUUGCUAA